AUGCUCUCAGAGCCAAACCUCACAACUCCAAUUCCUGAAGGUGGUGGUGGUAUUGGUGGCUGUCCACCAGUUGGUAUUCAACUGGAAGGCGUGAUACUACCGCCAGUCUUCACCAUUGAUUUCAUACUGGGACUGCUGGGAAACAUACUCGCCCUGUGGAUCUUCUGCUUUAAACUGAAGACUUGGAACCCCAACAACUUGUUCCUCUUCAACUUGGUCAUUGCGGACUUCCUGGUUCUAGUGAGUCUGCCUUUGAGGAUCGACACCCUUCUAAGGGGCUAUUGGAUGUUUGGAGAUGGCUUGUGCCGGAUCCAUCUCUUCCUGAUGUUUUCCAAUCGUUCUGCGAGCAUCACACUGAUGACUCUGGUGGCUAUUAACCGCUACUUUAAGGUGGUCCAUCCUCACCACUGCUUUAACCGCAUGAUCAAGCAUCAGGCUGCAUUUGUUUUGCUGUUUGUCUGGCUCUUGGUGAUCAGCAUUUGGAGUCCGAUACUGGCUUACAACCAUAUCAAGAACAUCCGCAACAACACCCAGUGCUUCUUCUUCGCUUCAUACAAGGAGGAUGGUUUCAUGAUCCUAGUGGGCACAUAUCGUAUCCUGACGGUCCUGGAAUUCAUCCUCCCACUGGCCAUGCUGCUCUUCUGUUCCAUCCAGAUCUCCAGAUUCCUGAAGAAGCGACAGAUGGGAAAAAUGGACAAGGUGCACAAGGCGAUGCAAGCGUGUGUCGUCAUCAUCGUGGUGUUCAUGGUUUGCUUCCUGCCCACCACGGUGACGACCAUCGGGGUGUGGAUCAUCCGCUCAUAUCGCCCAUGGGACUGUAACGCCUUCUACACCUUCACCCAGCUCACCAUUGUGUCUUUUGGGUUGAACUUCCUGAACUCUGCUCUGGACCCCAUCGUUUAUGUGUUCUCCAGCACCAUGUUUAGGAGGGCGCUGUUGGGUGCUCUGCCCCGUGCCCUGCGCUGUAGACAGGACACAGAGGAGAGCGAGAUGUCCUGAAGUAAAUCCACUGUUGAGGCAACCUGAAAAAAGUGGACCUGGCCAUGCAGCAAA